AUGGGAACUCCACUGCAUGGUACAGCCAUUAUCACCGGGGCCAGUGGCCUGCUGGGAUCUGAGAUUGCCAUCUCCAUCGCCAAAGCACAGCCCUUUGUCCACCUGUUGCUGGUGGCUCGGGGUAUCAGAUCCGAUAGCGUGAAGGAUGUAUUAAGCCGCAUCCGCUUGAUUGGGCCGCGGUCCGUCGAGGUGGUCAAGUGUGAUCUGGCCUGCUUCAAUUCGGUGGCGAGCUUUGCACAGUAUACUGUGGAGAGAGUUCGCAGUAAGGAGAUUCCUCCUGUCACCCUCCUGAUCAAUUCCGCGGCCAGCUCGUCAUACGUCACCGAUCAAGUCACACGAGAUGGGUACGACCCGGUCUACCAAACCAACUGCAUCGCCCCGUUCUUGUUGACGGUGAGCUUGCUCGAGGCUUUCCGAGCCGGCGACGGAACCCCAAACGGCGGUGCCCGAGUCAUCAACAUCGGAUGCGCCGCCAUGUCCAAAGGGUCCCUGGACUACUUCGAUGAGCAGGACCCGGACAACGCCAGCCAGGCCCCGGGAACUCCUCUCAGUGCAAAGGAAGCCACCGCCCGGUUCGGAAGUAGUAAGCUGUUGAUGAGCGCUGCUAUGUAUGCCUUGCGCCGGAGUCUGGUACUCGCGGGCAACAUCUCGCUCAAUGUAUAUACGAUGGACCCCGGAUUUAUGACCGGAGAGAGCCAUCUCACCGCCUCGGCACCUUUGUCGGUGCGAAUGGCGCAUCAGACCCGGUCUGGACUCCGGCCUAUCUUGCGGGUUUUCUCCAAAAGUGCAAUCAAUAAGGCUAGUGUUCCGGCCAAGGUCAUUGCUAAAGUCGCAUUCCAGAGAGAAACGGUGGAGAACUGGGGCAGAGAGCGCUAUUAUAUCUUGGAUAGCGAGUAUGAGGCCGGAUCCGUCAUUCCUGUGUUGCGAGACUUGCCGCGCAUGGAUGCGCUGCUGCAGAAGGUGAUGCGACAAGUCGAGAUCGGUGUCAAGGGCAUGGGAGAGAUGAACAGGCAUCACGCCUUCGGCAACGGCUACGCUGCCUAUCCCCGUGGCAAGAGCAACAACUCAUUCUCCAUCUCCCCCCACCGUUUCCAACCCCGGGCACAACCUGCCUUGCGCCGCCGGAGGCAACUCUUCCAGCGACUAUGUCUUCUCUGCGGUGUCUCCCUGUUGCUCCUCGUCCUGAUCUUCCCGUCGCUGCGCGCCUCCCUCCUGCCGGUGGUAUCGCUCGGCCUCCUCCACCCCUACGAAGACCUUCAGAUCGAGACGAUCCGAUACUAUGACCUCUCUAAAGUGCAAGGGACCGCCAGUGGCUGGGAGCGCGGGGAGCGGGUGCUCAUGUGCACUCCCCUGCGCGAUGCCGCCUCCCACCUGCCCAUGUUCUUCUCGCACCUGCGGAACCUCACCUACCCGCACAAUCUGAUCGACUUGGCCUUUUUGGUGUCGGACUCCGAGGAUGACACGAUGGACAUGUUGACGCGCAUGUUGGACGAACUCCAGCACGAUGCGGAUCCGAAGAUGCCGUACGGCGAGAUCUCCGUGAUCCAGAAGGACUUUGGACAGCUGGUCAACCAGGAUGUGGAGAGCCGACACGGCUUUGCCGCGCAGGCCAGCCGCCGGAAGCUGAUGGCCCAGGCUCGGAACUGGCUGCUGAGCGCCACGCUGCGCCCUACGCAUAGUUGGGUCUAUUGGCGCGACGCGGAUGUCUUGACCGCGCCGCAGACGAUUCUGGAGGAUCUGAUGCGGCAUGAUAAGGAUGUCAUUGUACCGAAUGUGUGGCGACCCCUUCCCGACUGGCUGGGCGGAGAGCAACCGUACGACCUGAACUCGUGGCAAGAAUCUGAAACGGCGUUGGCGCUAGCCGACACGUUGGAUGAAGACGCGGUCAUCGUGGAAGGGUAUGCUGAAUAUGCUACCUGGCGUCCUCAUCUUGCCUACCUGCGCGACCCGUACGGAGAUCCGGACAUGGAGAUGGAACUCGACGGCGUAGGAGGUGUCAGUAUUCUGGCGAAGGCACGGGUUUUCCGCUCCGGGGUGCACUUCCCAGCUUUUAGCUUCGAGAAGCAUGCCGAGACAGAAGCCUUCGGCAAGAUGGCCAAGCGCAUGGGGUUCUCGGUCAUCGGCCUCCCACAUUACACUAUCUGGCAUCUUUACGAGCCGAGCGUGGACGACCUGCGGCACAUGGAGGAGAUGGAGCAGGAACGAAAAGAACGCGAGAUAGAGGAGAAAGACCAGGCCGACCGUGCCGAGCGCGUUCAGACCCUGUUCAAGGAUGCCAAGACGCAGUGGGACAUCGACCAUGCCUUCGUCGAGGACGCAAUCGCCGAGGAUCAGAAGCAAGAGACCGCCGCUUCAGGUUCCUCCUCAGGCGAGACGCUUAAGGGCUCGGAGGAAGGUCCUCUAGCGCAGCCAGCUGUGAAAGAGAGGGGUGGUGCUGGACAGAGCGGCGAGGUUCCUGGUACUCAGAUGGAAGAAGCUAAGCGUUAA